AUGACGUCACGUAGUUCAUCAUCAUCAUCAUCAUCUGCAGCAUCUGAACGAACAGCAAGUACUCAUGAUGCUAGUGAAGCAUCACGGACGAGGAAUACUACCUAUCCUACUUCAAUGGAUGAGAUAAGUAGAGGACAAAGUAUUUCACCAGACAGCAGUCGUAAAUCACCAGCAAGUAGCCGUAAAUCACCAACACUUACUGGAACACAAUACGAUGCAGUCAGUAUUGCCACAACAACCGAUACAGGUUUUACUGGUAACACACGCACGACGACUAAUACAGGCAUCUCACAACAGCAAGUAGUCGUUGAUAUUCCUACUGUGCGAUCACCCAUCCUACAAACACAACUAUCGGGAACUACUUCUGAUUAUGUUACUCAACCUACGCAACCCACUGUUCGUUUAGUAGAUCCACAAGGUCGACAAAAUAGAGUUCAAUUCACGCAACCCACUGUUGGAUUAACACAUCCACAAUACCAACCAAAUGUAGUUCAACCUGGAAUUAAUCAUUAUGGUCCUUCAAAUAUACCAUCAAGUGGUGGCUCUUUCCCAAGUGCAGGUAAUAUCAAUCUUGGUAAUGUAACAAAUCAACAAGGACCUCAUAAUCCAGAAUAUUAUUACCAACACAAUCUACGAGCAGGAGUUGGAAAUCAAAUUUUUGGACAGCAAGGCUUUACGCCAAUAUAUGGCCCAGAUGAUUUUAAAGAUGUUAUAUUAAAUAUUGAUUAUGGAGCGAUGGAUGCAUACAAUAUUGGUAUACAAGCACAUGGUGGUUUUACCGAUGGACCUAUACCGAGGGGUCUAGGUAUUGGUGGAUCAGUACGGGGAGAUGCUAGUAAACUAGUGCUAGGGGAUUUUGGUGGACCAGUACUAGGGGGUGUUGAUGUUGGUGGAUCAGUACUAGGCGGUGCUAAUCUUGGUGGAUCAGUACUAGGGGGUGUUGGUCUUGGUGGAUCAGUAUUGGGUGAUUUUGGUGGAUCAGUAUUGGUAUUGGGUGAUUUUGGUGGAUCAGUAUUGGGUGAUUUUGGUGGAUCAGUAUUGGGUAAUUUUGGUGGACCAGUAUUGGGUAAUUUUGGUGGACCAGUAUUGGGUGAUUUUGGUGGACCAGUACUGGGAGGUGUUCAUGCUGGUGGACCAGUAUUGGGUGAUUUUGGUGUUGGUGGACCACAAGUUAAUGUUGCUAAAGGUGGUGUUCAAAAUUUUGGUCAACAAUCAUAUUCAAGUAAUCCAACAGCAACAGCAACAGUGAUAAACAAUGGACAUAAUUUAAAUCAUUCUCAAGGAAUUCAAGGUUUUAAUCCUGCGCUGGCAAAUAUUCUUCAACGAAGUGGACUUUCAAGUUUUAUUUAA